AUGAAUUCAAAUUAUUCCCCAGAUGCGAGUGAGUAUAGCAUAGGUUGGAUAUGCGCAUUGCCCGAUGAGCUGGUAGCAGCGGAAGGAAUGCUGGAUGAGUGUUACACUUCUCCUCCGCAACCACCCAGCGAUCAUAAUCGAUAUACAGUGGGUCGAAUUGCAGCGCAUAAUAUCACUAUUGCCUGUUUACCUGCCGGUUUGUAUGGCACAACGUCAGCAACAAGAGUGGCUGAACAAAUGCAGUCCACAUUUGUGGCCCUUAGGUUUACGCUCAUGGUUGGAAUUGGGGGAGGAGCCCCGAGUGACGACAACGAUAUCAGACUCGGUGACGUUGUUGUUAGCCAGCCUACCAACGGCCAUGGCGGUGUUAUCAACUAUGCUUUCGGAAAAUCUCUCAGCGGAAACGAAUUCCAACAUACGGGUUUCUUAACCAAACCGCCACAAGCGUUGCUGAACGCUGUGGCAUAUCUCAAAUCGAAGCAUCGGCUUUAUGGUCCCGCUUUACCCCAUUAUUUGGCCGAGAUGAUCCAGCGUCACAAUAGGCUCCAGGGAAGCUUUGAGUACCAAGGAGAGAAGAAUGAUCGGCUGUUUCUUGCCGAUUAUGCCCAUUGUGGUGGAAAUGGGAGUUGCGACAACUGCGACGAAUCAAAAAGCAAAGAUCGACCAUCCCGACGAAGCCAAAAUCCAGUGAUACAUUACGGUCUUGUCGCAUCUUCAGACAUUGUAAUGAAGGAUGCUGUCCAGCGAGAUAGAUUACAGCAGCAACAUGGCAUUCUAUGCUUCGAGAUGGAGGCUGGCGGUCUGAUGAACGGCCUGGACUGCCUGGUCAUUCGUGGGAUCUGUGAUUAUUCGGAUUCACAUAAAAACAAACGCUGGCAGCCCUACGCAGCAGCCGUGGCCGCCGGAUAUGCAAAGGAAUUGGUCUGUUCUCUUCCGAUUCAGAGCCCAAAGAGAGUCUCUAGCCUUUCAUCGAACUACGAUAUUUUUUCAGACAAAAACUUUCAAUUUUCCAACGUUGCCCUUCACACAUCUUCAAGUUUGGUGCCAGCGGAUAAACGCAGAAUGCUUUAUGCCGCCGAUUAUGGACUUCAAAUCGCAAAGGCAUCAACAAUAUCCAACGGUCAGGGUCGACUUGAUCGCAACACAUACGUCAACUUAUACCCUCGAAAUAACCGAUUUUUUGGGCGAAACGAUGUCUUACAGGCCAUUUCAGAGCGCCUUUGUCCAACAACCGAAGACAAAGCAAGACUGCGUUCUUUCGCCUUAUACGGAAUUACAGGAAUUGGAAAGUCUCAGAUCGCAACCGAGUUCGUAUAUCAGAAUAUGCGAAAUUUUAAAGCAAUCUUUUGGAUAUCGGCGAGCAAUACGGAAAAGCUGUUUCAGGGGUUCACUGAUAUUGCCAAAGAAUUGAAUAUCUCAUCUGGGACGGCAGUCAACGACCAGCGAGUGAUUGUUCAAAUUGUCAAUGAAUGGCUCAGAAGCACAGUUGAGAAUUGGCUAUUGGUACUAGACAACGCAGAUGACCUAUCGAUCAUUCCCCCAUUCUGGCCCACUUCCGAGCGUGGUGCAGUGCUUGUCACCAGCCAGAAUCCCGAGUCCGCACAUCAAUUAGCUCAUACUGGAAUGGAGGUGAAGAAUUUCUCUCCAACAGAAAGCGCAACUUUCUUUCGAGACCAGCUUGGUGGAAACCGAGUGCGAGAUAACGAAGCCAGGCAAAUUACAAAAUUUUUCGGGUACCAUACUUUGACCAUCAAACAGAUGGCAUCGUAUAUCAGAGAGUCUCGAUGCAGUAUAUUACAAUUCCAGGAAGCAUGCGCUGACUCUUCAAAGCGGCGACAACUCCUGGCGACUCCAAAUGAGCUCUCAGCCCCGGGAUGUCCCCACACUACCGUGACGGCAUUCGAGGUUACAUUUUCGAAGCUGAGCAGCGAUGCCUUACAUACUUUGGGCAUAUUGUCAUUUCUUGAUCCCGACAGGAUUCCAGAGACGUUACUUGAAGACACGGAAAAUCGAAUACCCUUCUUGGCAGACAUCAUGAGCCGCCACACUAUCAUGCGAGACCUGGGCCGUUACUCUCUUGUCGAUAAAUUCGAGGAUGAGGCAAGCCUGCGGCUCCAUAGAGUGGUUGCUUACACAGUAUCUGAAGGGAUUGACUCGAGUCAAUCCAAAGCCCAAGCGGCUUUCGAGAGUGCUGUCAUUCUUCUCCAUCAAUACUUUCCUCUACAAAGUGAAUCACGAAGUCAUAUGAAUGAAAAAUGGACGGAGUGUGAAAAGUACAUACCCCAUGUCCUCAAUUUCAACGAGCGGUAUCGCAAGCUAUCAGAAGAGAUCUCGUUGACAAUAUCUCAUGACUUCGUCGAGCUUCUUUACUGCUCCGCAUGGUAUCUCUUUGAAAGGGGUCGGUUUGAUCUAAGUUUCUCUGUUGCUCGGUCAGCAGAGUCAGCUUGUAAUCGCAUGGAUCUCCAGGAUCACGGCCUACUUCUGGCUGAUUUAUACAGCCUACAAGCCGACAUGUACAAUGAGAUGACCCAAGCCGAUAAGGCAGUUGACCUUGCCAGACAGUCAUUGAAGAUCAAGAAAGCAGCAGUGAAAGCCAAGGUGCUUGACAAGCAUCACCCGCAGAUUGCAAACUCAUACAUGGAUAUCGGUGUUUUUAUAGGGGGUACAAAUCCGCGUGGAGCAAUUCGAUUACAUGAAAAGGCAAUUGGGAUUAGAGAAAGAUCGCGAAAGUAUGCGCAUCAACAGAUGCAAUUGCUGUCUUUGAACUACAUGAACAUCGGUCGAUGCUGGUGGAUGAUUAAGGAUCUUGACAAGGCUAUUGUCGCCUAUCAGAAAAGUCUGGAAAUUAUCAAAAGGACCGCAUGGACUAUGACAGCGCUUGGGAAUGUUCUCAUCGACCAAGGAAAGUUUGAGGCCGCAUUUGAACUCUAUACCAGGGGCAUGAAAGUUCAUCUGGAGGUCCUUGGACCAACUCACCAUAAAACCGCAGCAUGUUACAACAAGCUUGCCUGGUUUUUGCAGAAGCAGGAUCAGAACGACAGGGCAAUUGCAUAUCUCCGGUUAUCGUUGAAAGUUCAUAUGAGAAAGCUUGGAGUGGACACUCGGCCUGAAAUCGCACGAACGAAAUACCAGCUCUCCCAGGUACUUCAUCUCGUUGGGGAGUUUCAGGAAAGUGAUCAGCUCAAGGCUGAGGCUCAAGAUCUGAGGCUCCAGUUAACAGGGAAUCUUCCGCAGGAAAGCGAUUCUCAAGAGGUAUAUGAUGAAUUAGUCGCCUAUUUCUAUCGGUGA